GUCUCUCCAGGGCUCCGUCCACCCUGGGAGUGCGCGACAAUGGGGUGGGUCUCGGAACGCCGCGGCGGCCAGUGCCGCUGCCCUGCUCUGGCUUUGAAAGAUUAGAAAGUCCCGGCGGAGAGGGCGGCGGCGUCGGAUGUGUCUGUGGCGGAAGCGCGGGCCCGCGGCGUCUCGGCGGCAUGAACUACCCGGGCCGCGGAGUCCCGCGGAGCCCCGAGCGUAACGGCAGCGGAGGCAGCGCUUGGGAGCUGUGCUCCGACGCGGCUGGCGCGUUCGGCCCCGGCGGCGGCUCCUGCUUGGAGCACCUGCCGGGCGGGGAGCCGGCGGACGGCAGCGUGUCGCUGGCUCUGCUGCGCGGGGAGCCGCUGCACCUGGCGCCCGGCACCGACGACCUGGGCCACCUCGCCCUGGACUCGUGUCUCAGCGACGAGAACUACGACUUCAGCUCCGCCGAGUCGGGCUCGUCGCUGCGCUACUACAGCGAGGGCGAGAGCGGCGGCGGCAGCAGCUCGCCGCAGCCCCCGCCGCCGCCGCUAGUGGCCGCGAACUCGGGGGGCGGCAGGGCGGCGGGAGGGGGUCCCGGGGAGAGGAAGCGAGCCCGGCCGGGCGGGACGGCCGCCCGACACCGCUACGAGGUGGUGACGGAGCUGGGCCCAGAGGAGGUGCGCUGGUUCUACAAGGAGGACAAGAAGACCUGGAAGCCCUUCAUCGGUUACGACUCUCUCCGCAUCGAGCUCGCCUUCCGGACCCUGGUGCAGACCACGGGCGCCCAGGAGCGGGCCGAGGCCCAGGAUGGCGACCCGGCCUCCGGCUCCGACGAGGAGAACGACGAGGACCGCGCCUGCGGCUUCUGCCGGAGCACGGCAGGGCACGAGCCGGAGAUGGAGGAGCUGGUGACCAUCGAGCCGGUGUGUGUGCGGGGCGGCUUGUACGAGGUGGAUGUCACUCAAGGAGAGUGCUACCCGGUGUACUGGAAUCAGGCUGAUAAAAUACCAGUAAUGCGUGGACAGUGGUUUAUUGAUGGGACUUGGCAACCUUUAGAAGAAGAAGAAAGUAAUUUAAUUGAGCAAGAACAUCUCAGUUGUUUUAGGGGUCACCAGAUGCAAGAAAAUUUUGAUAUUGAGGUGUCAAAAUCCAUAGAUGGAAAAGAUGGCAGUGGGAUCCACUAUUCUGUUGUCUACCACCUCCCUCCCUUCUCCCUCCCUUCUCUGUUCAAAUGGAGAGGAUAUAAGGAGAGUACAGAUGCGGCAGGUCUUAAACGAAAGCGUUCCCAAGCUAUUCAUAGUUUCAAACUGAGUCGAAACCAUGUGGAUUGGCACAGCGUGGAUGAAGUGUAUCUUUACAGUGAUGCAACAACAUCUAAAAUUGCAAGAACCGUUACCCAGAAGCUGGGAUUUUCUAAAGCCUCAAGUAGUGGGACCAGACUUCACAGAGGCUAUGUAGAAGAAGCCACGCUAGAAGACAAGCCAUCACAGACUUCUCAUAUUGUGUUUGUUGUACAUGGCAUUGGACAGAAGAUGGACCAAGGAAGAAUUAUCAAAAAUACAGCCAUGAUGAGAGAGGCUGCAAGAAAAAUAGAAGAAAGGCAUUUUUCCAACCAUGCAACACAUGUUGAAUUUCUACCUGUUGAAUGGCGGUCAAAACUUACUCUUGAUGGAGACACUGUUGAUUCCAUUACUCCUGACAAAGUGCGAGGUUUAAGGGAUAUGCUGAACAGUAGUGCAAUGGACAUAAUGUACUAUACUAGCCCACUUUAUAGAGAUGAACUAGUUAAAGGCCUUCAGCAAGAGCUGAAUCGAUUAUAUUCCCUUUUCUGUUCUCGGAAUCCAGACUUUGAAGAAAAAGGGGGUAAAGUCUCAAUAGUGUCCCAUUCCUUGGGAUGUGUAAUCACUUAUGACAUAAUGACAGGCUGGAAUCCAGUUAGACUCUAUGAACAGUUGCUGCAGAAGGAAGAAGAAUUACCUGAUGAACGGUGGAUGAGUUACGAAGAGCGACAUCUUCUUGAUGAACUCUAUAUAACGAAACGACGGCUGAGGGAGAUAGAAGAGCGGCUGCAUGGAUUGAAGGCGUCAUCCAUUACACAAACACCUGCCUUAAAGUUUAAGGUUGAGAAUUUCUUCUGUAUGGGAUCCCCACUAGCAGUUUUUUUGGCAUUGCGUGGCAUCCGACCAGGAAAUACCGGAAGUCAAGACCAUAUUUUACCUAGAGAGAUUUGUAACCGCUUGCUAAAUAUUUUUCAUCCUACAGAUCCAGUGGCCUACAGAUUAGAACCAUUAAUAUUGAAACACUACAGCAACAUUUCACCAGUCCAGAUCCACUGGUACAAUACUUCAAAUCCUCUACCUUAUGAGCAUAUGAAGCCAAGCUUUCUCAACCCAGCAAAAGAACCUACCUCAGUCUCAGAGAAUGAAGGCAUUUCAACCAUACCGAGCCCUGUGACCUCCCCAGUCUUAUCACGGCGUCACUAUGGAGAAUCUAUAACUAACAUUGGCAAAGCAAGCAUAUUGGGGGCUGCUAGCAUUGGAAAGGGGCUUGGAGGAAUGUUGUUCUCAAGAUUUGGACGUUCAUCAGCAUCACAGCCAUCUGAGACAUCAAAAGACACAAUGGAAGAUGAGAAGAAGCCCGUUGCUUCACCUUCUACUACCACCGUGGCAACCCAGACCCUGCCGCACAGCAGUUCUGGCUUUCUUGAUUCUGCAUAUUUCAGACUUCAAGAAUCGUUCUUAUAUCUCCCACAACUUCUUUUUCCGGAAAAUGUAAUGCAGAAUAAAGAUAAUACCCUCGUGGAAUUGGAUCACAGGAUUGAUUUCGAACUCAGAGAAGGCCUUGUGGAGAGCCGCUAUUGGUCAGCUGUCACAUCACACACUGCCUAUUGGUCGUCCUUGGAUGUCGCCCUCUUUCUCUUAACAUUUAUGUACAAACAUGAGCACGAUGAUGACACAAAACCCAAUUUAGAUCCAAUCUGAACUCUGAAUGAUAUUAAUGGCUCAAAACUGAUUGUUUUUUUCUGUUAAAAUGUGACAAGAUGUGGAGAUUUCAAGGUUCCAGUUUUGUUUAGGACAAGAAAUGUUUGAAUUUAAAAGCACUUUAUUUUAUUUUUAAAAGAGAAAAAUACACUUUCAGUCCUAAAGAAGUUAUUUACUGUUUCUGUCAUUUUGAUUAUGAGUCUGAUAGAACCCCCUGCAGAGAAUCAAGGGAGAGGCGGAGUGUGAAAAUUUAGGUGAACUGCAUGACGAGGGUACCGAUCACAGUCCUGUUUCUCCAAAAUAUAAAGGCAUAUUAAUAAAUUGAAUAUAAUGUGUUAAUCCAAAGAUGUUAUAACUAAAAUGGUCAAAGUCCAGUAUAUUCUGUGUAAAGGCUACAAGAUGGCAUCAUCGUUUUAGAGUCUGAACACUUUCAUGUCCACAGUUCCUUUAAAAGAAGACUAUAACAAACCUAAGAUGUUUUCAGUUUAACUUGUUUAGAAAAACUAAUGGAAAAAAAAAACUAGUGCAAAAAACAUUUGGACUACUGUAUUUAUAAUUUAUUGUCUCACUAAUUAUUUCAGCAUAUGAAAUAUUACAUUUUUUAAUGUUUCUUUUGAACACAAUUUAAGGACCACACCUAUUUUCUGUAGUGUUGUGGCCCCUUUUUCCCAGAACUCCAUCUUUGUACUCUUCAGAUGAACACAAUGCAGUGGCAUACUUUCAGUAUUUUUUUUUUCAUUAAAAACAUGGUUUCUCACAGCACAAGUUCGGUUUUUUUAAUGAAUUUUUUAUUAUGUCACAUGUACCUCAGAGAAAGCUAAAAUGUUUCUAAGCUUGGAGGAUUCCACAUUGGGAACAUUUCAUUAACUUUGUUAGAAACUUAGGAAGCAUCUUUGUGAUAGAGAGUACAACAGCUGCUUGCUUAUGAACAUCUGUGCCAAACAGCUAGCCAUAUACCAAGGGACAGAGUGCUACUAACUUCGUUUUAAAAGUGUUAAGAAAACAAACCUGAGCGCACAGUAGAACACCUGAGAACACCUAGGCCCUGGAAGGGUUUGCCUUAGCUAAGUAUUUCCCCAAUGCUUUUCAGCUAAGGACCUCAAAGUGCUUAAUGAGAUAUGCAUUCAGUGACCUUGAUAGUAGCUCCUUACAGUAAGUAAACAAGUGUUAUCUAUCAUUCAGUUACAUGUUAAUUUGCCAAGGCACCAAAAUAUCUAAGUGCCUUGUGUUAGAUUAUAUAGCAAAUCAAAAAGUUGGGCUUGAAGCCAAAUCAUAGUAUUUAAAUGCUAUUUAGUGACUGAUAAUUCACCUGUGACCUUAGUGGUCUGCAGAUAACAGAAGUUGAAGAAUGACCAUGAAGUCCAGUAUGUUGCCCUACAUACAGAUUCAUAGAUUCUUAGAGGAAUGAACUCAAGGGAACAGUAACCAUCUCUGCCACAAUGGCCCUGUCUUGAGAGGGCUUCUACUAGGCUCCACUCAAGACCCUGUCUUUACUUGCUUAGGAAGAAUUAGGUAGCUUCCUGGUAACCAUUGUCAAACAGGACCAGAGUUAGGCAGCUCACCACUCCCCUCCUCUCUUCACAGGAUGCUAGAGUCUUCAGCUUUCCUGUGGGUUUUCUCAACAUCAGUACUGUUGGCUUUUCGGCUGUCAUUGCACAACAUGAAGCACUUCUUUUUAGUGUUUAAAAAUUCCAAGGCUCUGUGACCAAGUAUGUGACUCACUAAGAAACCUUUCUAUAAAAGGCUUUUGAUGAGAUCUUAGCAAAGCUGAAGCAAUGUGUUUUGAAUUUAGAAAUUCCUAUGAACUCAGGUCAUUUUCAUAGCCUAUUUCUUUAGUAGGUCUCAUUUAAUUCUCAGGAAAAUUAGACCUGUUGUCGGAUGCUGUCAUCAAAGGUACUUGAGCACAUGCUGCUGUAGGCAGCAUGACACUGAAUGCCUCCAACUUUGAAGGGAUUCCUUAACCACUGGAAUGUGAAGAGCCCCUUUUUUUCUGAAAAGAGUGAGAUUUUAUCAAGCAUUUUCAUUUGCUAUCAUUGACUAAAAGGAAAAGUAUUCUUCCAUAAGCAAAGGACUCUGCUUGCUUUUCGUCAUGUUGAGAAGACUGUCAUUUCACUACUUGGAGUUUAUCUGAACCCUUGAAAAGCCACAUCCAAAACUACCUUUUCAAAGUAGAUGCUCUGAACCACUGGACAGGUGCUUGUUUCCAGUUCAUGAUCUCAUCAACAGAGAUGGCAAUUUUGAUUUUAUAGUACUUUUGUUUCCUGUGUCUGCAUGUUAUCAUGGGAUGUACUUGUAUAUACUAAAGUAAUAUACAGAGUUUAUGUGAUUCUGGCUUGAUUUAGAAGCUAAGUCAGUUACCAAGUAACAUUUUACAACUUUAUUCCAAGCAAGUACUAAUUGGCUCCCCAAAAGUUCUGAUUUUGAUACUAUUAAAGUUUUAUUCUCUA